AUGGCUCCCCGCGAGGAGUUGAUCGCUUCUGCUGUGACUUUUCUCCAAGAUCCUUCAGUGGCAUCGUCUCCUAUUGAAAAGAGAGUCGCGUUCCUGCAAUCGAAGAACCUUACACAAGAGGAAGUCGAUCUCGCCUUAUCACGAGUGGGCGAAGACCCAGCCUCCGCGGCCGCUGCUGCAAAUGCGGCGUCAUCGUCACAAGGUUAUUCCUCACAACAGGUCGCAUAUCGCCCACCGCCACAAGCCCCCCAGGGAUAUGGCUAUCCCUCAUACGGUCAAUGGCAGCCUCCUCCGGAGCCCCCGAAGCGCGACUGGCGGGAUUGGUUUAUCAUGGCCACUGUAGUGGGUGGUGUAGGCUAUGGGAUGUAUUUCGUCGCAAAGCGCUACAUUACUCCAUUGAUCGCCCCGCCAACUCCCCCGCAAUUGGAGCAAGACAAGGAGAACAUCGAUGAGCAGUUCUCCCGUGCUUUCGCUUUGAUCGACCAACUAUCAACCGAUACCUCUGCCCUGAAGGCCGCCGAGGAUGCUCGUACAGAGCGCCUGGAUGCCGCUCUUAAGGACGUGGAGAACCUUGUUUCAGACCUCAAGAGCUCGUCGCGUCGACGAGACGACGAGACCCGUCGGAUCAAUGAUGAAAUCAAGUCUUUGAAGGAUGCAAUCCCCAAGGCCCUUGAGGGUGCCCGGGAGGGCAACGAGAACCGGUUGAAGGAGCUUGGAAGCGAGCUGAAGAGCUUGAAGACCUUGUUGGGCAACCGCCUGGGUGGCAGUGGCUCUGCUUCUCCCUCGGCGGGCCGAACUGUUGGCAGCUCGACUCCCACUCCCGCUGCUACACCUCGCCCCGUGGAGGAGACUCCUGCUGCUAUCCCCACUGCUACCUCCACUUCAACGGCCAUUAACGGUCUGCAGCCAACCGUUACCCCUGCCGAGCAGGAGCCCCAGCCUGUUGCUGCUGCCCCGGCGCCUGCUCCUCAGAACAGCGAGAGUCCCCUCUCGAAACUUGGCCGGUCUGCUUCUAUUCCGGCCUGGCAGAUGGCUGCCGCCAACCGGUCCAAAAACGGCUCGCAGUCGAGCCCGGCCCCCGCUGACGACAAGCCGGCCGGCAGUGAGCAGAGCGCUCCUCCCAGUUAA